CCUGGACGGCGAGCGGGGGGAGCAGGAGGAGGAGAAGAAAAAGAAGAAGAAGAAAAAGAAGAGGAGGAAGAAGAAGAAGGAGGAGGAGGAGGAGGGGGCCGAGAAGCGCAGCUCACCCUUCGCGGCUACGAUGGGGGAAGACGACGCCGCGCUCCGGGCCGGCGGCAGGGGGCUCUCGGACCCGUGGGCAGACUCGGUGGGAGUACGACCCCGCACAACCGAGCGCCACAUCGCGGUGCACAAGCGGCUGGUGCUGGCCUUUGCCGUGUCCAUCGUGGCGCUGCUGGCGGUCACCAUGCUCGCCGUGCUGCUCAGCCUGCGCUUCGACGAGUGUGGGGCGAGCGCGGCGCCGGGCGCCGACGGUGGCCCUGCGGGCUUCCCCGAGCGCGGCGGCAACGCGAGUCUCCCGGGAUCGGCCCGGCGCAACCACCACGCAGGCGGGGACCCCUCGCAGCCCGAGGCGGGCGGGGCGGCCAGCCCAGGGACCCCAUCCACCCAGCCGCCGUCGGAGGAGGAGCGGGAGCAGCGGCAGCCGUGGACGCAGUUGCGUCUGUCGGGCCACCUCAAGCCGCUGCACUACAAUCUGAUGCUCACCGCCUUCAUGGAGAACUUCACCUUCUCCGGGGAGGUCAACGUGGAGAUCGCGUGCCGAAACGCCACCCGCUACGUCGUGCUGCACGCCUGCCGGGUGGCGGUGGAGAAGGUGCAGGUGGCCGAGGACCGAGUGGCCGGGGCUGUCCCGGUGGCCGGCUUUUUCCUCUACCCGCAGACCCAGGUCUUGGUGGUGGUGCUGAAUAGGACCCUGGACGCGCAGAGGAAUUACAACCUGAAGAUUAUCUACAACGCCCUGAUCGAGAAUGAGCUCCUGGGCUUCUUCCGCAGCUCCUACGUGCUCCACGGGGAGAGAAGAUUCCUUGGUGUUACUCAGUUUUCGCCUACACAUGCCAGAAAGGCAUUUCCUUGUUUUGAUGAACCAAUCUACAAGGCUACUUUCAAAAUCAGCAUCAAGCAUCAAGCAACCUAUUUAUCUUUAUCUAAUAUGCCAGUGGAAACUUCUGUGUUUGAGGAAGAUGGAUGGGUUACGGAUCACUUUUCACAGACCCCUCUCAUGUCCACAUAUUAUUUAGCCUGGGCAAUUUGCAACUUCACAUACAGAGAAACUACCACCAAGAGUGGGGUUGUAGUACGAUUAUAUGCAAGACCCGAUGCUAUCAGAAGAGGAUCCGGGGACUAUGCUCUUCAUAUAACAAAGAGAUUAAUAGAAUUUUAUGAAGACUACUUUAAAGUGCCCUAUUCCUUGCCAAAACUAG